AUGCCAAACAAUUUUUCACCAGAUCUUGAUGAUGAAUUUGAAGAUCAACUUGAUGAAGUGCUGGAACAAAGGUUACCGGAUAUACAUGCAAGUGAUAUAGACGAACAGGAUUCUGAACAAGAACAGAAUGCUGAUUUGGAACAGAAUGAUGAACAAGAACAGAAUGAUCUGGAACAGGAUGAAGAACAAGAGAUCAAUGAAGCAGAACAAUUUGCUGCAUUGAUAUUCAUGAAAGGUACUACUUUUCAUGGUCACUUUCAGGAAGCAUUACAUGCUUGCAAACAAUUAAUGCUCAAGGGAAAUACACCUGA